GCUCGGCUUGGGAGUGGGUGCAAGGAGGACGAUAAAUUGAUGACUCUCUCCAAGAUCCUCCCGUGCCUGUUUGACUCCCUAAGAGCUUUCAGGACUAGGAUAAAUACAUAAUUAAAACAACCAUCAGAUUGCUAAUGGCGUGAACACUUUACGAACACAAUGAUGGCAAUUUGGUCGAGCUGGUUUCCAGCCGGUUUGCCUUGAGCAAUCCUGAAGCUCCGGGCUUAAUGGCAUUUUCGGCAGCUGCUGAUCAGAGCACCGGCGGAAGGAAGUGACGCGCGCGCUACAGCUUUUGCUGCAGGAAAUUCUGAGCGGCGCAGCGCGCGUGCUCCGGGCCGCAUUCUGCCGGCGCCCGGGCUGCAGCGGCGGGAUUCGUGCUGGAGUCAUCCUUCCCGGAGCAUCACUCAACGGUGGCUUUGCUUUGUCCAUCUUUAGAAAUCCGAAUGCGAGUGGCGGUGUUAUAAAGGUCCAGCCGAGCACCAUCCCGAAGGAACUUUUACUUGCAGCCCCACUUUCAUCCCUCCCUCAACCAUAAAGUUGAAACAAUGUUUGAAAGAGUAAAAUUGGUAUGGAGAGCCUAUCAGCUGCUGAUGACUAAACAUCCCUGGAAGGUCCAAAUACUGACUUCUGGUGGUUUGGUUGGCUUCAGUGACAUCGUUUCGCAACAGCUGGUUGAACGCAGAGGCAUAGCAAAUCACAAUGUAAAGAGGACAGUAAAGAUGACUACUGUUGGGUUAAUUUAUGUGGGUCCUAUUCUUGGGGCAUGGUACAGGUUUCUUGAUCGACUGGUAGUUGGACAAAGCAAAUCUGCAGCUUUGAAGAAAAUGAUACUUGAUCAGCUUGCUGUUGCUCCUUGUUUCUUGGCUGGUUUCAUUACAGUAACUGGGUUUCUUGGUGGACUUCCACGGGAAAAAAUAUGGUUGAAGUUGCAGAAGGAUUAUAAAAAUACAUUGAUAUCAAACUAUGCUAUCUGGCCAACUGCACAACUGCUGAAUUUCUACUUUAUACCACUGGAACACAGGUUGGCAGUUGUUCAGGUUGUUGCCCUGAUGUGGAACACCUACCUCUCCUGGAUGGCAAACAGAAUGUAAUCGAUUUACUUGAAACAUAAAUUCUUUCAGUUCUGUGGUGAAAGAUGGAAUUUUGACAUGAUCUUUUACUAUAAGCUAACAUUGUAGAGUAAAAGUGUUACAAUUGUUGAGAGGGUGUUGGGAGAUGAACAUAUCUCGGUAUUGGCUUUGUUUGUGUUAUAUUUCCUAUGUCUUAGGUUGAAACAGCAGGUCCUCUUCCCAUCUUAGUUAUUAGGACAUCAGUUCCUAAACGAAAUGAGUCUGUUAACAGUGGAAGAGGAAAAGAUGACAAGCAAUACUGUUAUUUGAACUUGCUGAAAAAACUUGAGCAACCAUUUAUUACAGUGAUCUAUACUAAACAUGUAUAAAAUUAUUCUACAAAACUAGGUUUCAGUUCAUUUUUGGGACGAAAUAAGUUUCAUAUGUCUAGAUGUCUUUUGGACAAAUCUGUAACGUUAAUGAUAAGAAGUCAUUCAUUAUCUUGUGCAGUAGUUUUGGUAUGCUUCAUUCCCACUCUCCUCUCCCAUUGGCCCCUAAUCGUGAAAACCAGAUAGCAUUGGAUUAAAAUUAACUAAUUACCCAAUUGAGACAGUUGUUGCAAUGAGAAACUUGUGCAUUUUAACAAAUGCACUAUUACUGGAUAUUUUGGAGCAGAGGUAAAACUAAAGUAAAAUAAUGCACAUAUUUGAAAUUACUGUAAGUGUCAAUGAGAAGAAUAUCAACUGAAGAAAUAGGGGAAUAAAGAACACUACAAUAAUAUUUAAGAUAAAUUUUAUCCUGAUAAAUCGGAAAUAUGAGUAAAACAUUUGCAUUUUUAAAAAAAAGCAUGUUAACCAUCUGUACUUAACAGCUGUUAGAAAUUGUAAAGAUUUACUUUUUUGAAUUCUGUGUUCUUUCUGUACUAUUCUUGUUAGAGAUCAUCUUGUCCAAUGAAUAACUCAAUAUUAACAACAAACCUUGAUUAUAUUGAAAAUGCCAUUCUUGAAGAUGGUGAGCCACAUUCUUGUUUUUUUGAGUCCCCUAAUAGUGCCCAAGGGCACUAUUGUAGCUACUGGAAUAGCCUGACCACAUGAAGGUUCUAAUAGAAAUGCACAAUGGGUUUUGUUGGAAAAUAAGAAUAAAACAAAACACUGGUGCUUACGAUGAAAUGCUACCUCAUUUUAAAAAGAAGAGCAUAUAGGGAAGCCUUGGUGAAUGCUAACCUCCUAUGCCACCAGCUACAGAAUCAUCUUUGGUCAUUCCAAGGUGUUGUUAACCACAUCAUUGUCAUUCCUUGUUAUCAACCUAAAAUUAUGCAGCAAAGGCUAUUAUUUUUAACUGUUCAACUGUUUGACAGAUUUCAUUUUAUUGAAGCGUAAGGCAAAUGUUACAGGUAAUUUUUGAUUAUUCCUGAAGUUGGCAUUUCACUAACUUUUUACCUUUAUUUCUGAAUGUACUUGUUUAACAACUUAAUGUGGUGGAGUUCCAUUGGAUUUUACUUUUAAACUGGAAUCAAACAUUCGCAAGUGUUGUAAAACCAUUUAUGUUGUUAGUCUGUUUAAAUUUAGUUUUUACUCUUAAGUAUUGCUAUAACUGGAUAAAUUAGCCUACUGUGAAGAUAAAAAGGAAAUUCUGAACACAAAUGUAAACUUAAGUCUAGAGUUGCAAUGUUUGUAUUUUUUUAUAACUUGUGGGUCAAUUCAUCUGAGACUUGAAGGUGCCUAGUUUAACUAGAUAGUACGGAGUUGAAAGGUCAGCACAGUGCUGUAUCACCACUGUAUGCUAGUUUGUGCAUCACAGAAAUAAACACCACCUGCAUUGA